CACAAAUAGUAUGAGAGUUUCUCAAGUGAACUUCGUGCGAUCUCUCUAGUUGAGAAUCCAGCUCGAAUGGCAGCCGAGAGAUAUCGCUACAAGUAAUGCUGGUGGACCACGUGACCACCCGGAGAGCCGAAGGUCCACCAUCUUGCGCGUGGGUGUCACGGAUUUUGUUGUGCGCGUCCGCGAGUUUUGACGUGACGCGUGAUAUGCUUGAACGUGAGGGUGUAACGAGGCCGCAGCGGAAGAAGGCGUACAGUGAAGGUGACGCAACGUGACGGCUUGACAUCAAAGGUGUCCCGCGCGUCCGAUGACAGGUGGCCCUUGGAAAGCGAACGACGAACAACACUAGUCCAGGGCAUCCCCGUUCUCGAGGCGAAAGAAGAAAGAAAGAUUAGUAAAGAACUCGAAAUUCCAUUACGAAAAUAAGAAGAGGAAGCGGACGGAUAAAAAUCGCAAAAUGGACGAAAAUCAACAGCGGGGACCGAUAUUGCGGUCGCUCAACAGUCAGCACGAAUCCUUCGUCAGAUUUAUUAACACGACACCCCACGUUAUUACUUUAUACUGGAUGGAUUAUCAGGGACAAGCAGUUAAUUAUGGCGAUCUAGCAGCCGGAGGCUCUAGAGAAAUGAACACGUUUCAUACGCAUCCAUGGAUUUUCAUCAAUAAAGAAACAGGCGUCAGGUACAUGGUGGAUCAACGUGACGUUUACUUUCCCGCUCCGUGGUUUCUCAAGUACGAGGAUAGGCCGAGAGAUUUACCGCGACGAAUCGAAAGGACCAAUGUGUAUAUCAGACUGCCGAUGUUCACUCUUCAAGAAUUAUCGUUGAGAGUAAUCAAAAACUGUCUUACGUAUGACUCGCACGCUUUUCUCCUCGACAUUCCACGGAGCCUCCAGAUAGAACUUUAUUCGAUGCUACCGAGGAAGCCCCGACAUUCACGUGCUCUCUCGUAGCAUGCUGUCACAUUCACGCGAUAAUAUAAUAGUGCAAAAUUAAAAUAAUAACAAAAAUAAAAACUAGAACAUUUGUAAAUAUAAAGGAAAUAUUUUACGGGUUUAUAUCAUCUUUUUGUACAGAUAAGAAUAAGUCGUAUGGCUUUUUUUAUAAACACGCAUAUAGCUGUAACUCACAUAAU